UCCUUAACCCAAUUAAUUUCCAAGUUUCAACCAUAAAAUAUUUGAAUUGAUAGUCAUAGUAUAAGGUCCCUGAAAUGAGGUUUCAGAAAAUGAAGAUAGGAGUGCUGAUAUUGCUAUCAUGGGCUGCCACAGUGUCAACAGAUGUAGAAUGCGGCACCGUGACGGGGUUGCUCUCAGUUUGCUCAACAUUUAUCAGCUAUGGUUCACCUGACCCACUUCCAGGUUCCCCAUGCUGUAAUGCAAUGAUAAGCCUGAGGUUGAUCGCAGAAUCCGGUGAUAAUAGGAGGUCCGUUUGUAGAUGCUUCAUGGGCCUUAUUGCUGCUUAUAAUCCAUUAGGCACUGCUGUGGCUACUUUGCCUGGCCUUUGUGGAAUUAAUCUGGGCUUCGUUGUUUAUCCUAAUACAGAUUGUACCUCCUUUCAUUGAGUUUGGUUCCAAGGGAAGAAGUUGGAGGAAAUAUGAAUUAGAGAUUGAAUAAGAAGUAUGUCUUCAAGUACUCUUUUUUAAACAAAUUUGAAAAUAACUAAGUUUCCCCACUCCUUGAAGGGGAAAAUAAAUGGUUGGUAUUGCAGAAGGAUUGCUUAGCAUGAUGACUUUGUGUGUUUGUUUACUGAAUAUAAUAAGCAUAUUUUUAGUAUUUCUCUAAUUAACCUGUGUUUCUUAGCUGAAGAAACAAUGAGGAAGGUAUAUUUAGUAAGCUUGUUUAAUUUGUAAGGAAAAGCCAAGUACAGUUUCAUAUGAAUAAAAUGAUAGAUUUGUUCCUAAAA